AUAUACGGGAGAUUAAGGGCCUACGGUUGUUGCAAGUAAAAAACCCUUGGAGUCAUAAAAGAUGGACAGGCGAUUUUAGCCACCAAGACAACGUUCAUUGGACACCAGAGUUAAUGCGGGCGUUAAAUUACGACAGAAGAAGUGCUGCGAGAAGUGAUGAUGGUGUUUUCUGGAUAGAUUUCGAUUCAGUCUGCAAAUAUUUUGACUCUAUGCAUGUGAACGAGAAUCCGGGAUUGUUCGAAUAUAAAGACGUACUGCACGCGUCUUGGUCAAACACAAACAUAGUAAACACUGACACUUUUAAUAUAGGAAACAACCCACAAUAUUCUCUAGAAAUAGUUAACAACAAUACGAAAGCAUCAGCUGUAAGAUUACUUUUGACAAAGCACAUAAUAACCGUGGGUGAGAAUAAAGACCACAUUGCUUUGCAUGUAUAUAAUGACACCGAUGGAAAGAAAAUAUUCUAUCCAAAAGAUCCAAUGAUCCAAGGGCUGUAUGUAAACAGUCCACACAUACUGGUGAGAUUUGACGCUCAGCCAGGUGUUUCAAAGUAUACAGUUGUAGUGGCACAACAUGAAAUGUCAGGACUGUUGUAUUAUACUUUACGAUGCUUCUGCCAGUCACCGUUUACGCUAUGUGAUGUAGUAGACAGCUACCCGAUCGAGAAAGAGGUUAAUGGAUGUUGGACACAACAAACGGCCGGUGGUCAUUCAUCCUUGAUAACGUUUCUUUAUAAUCCACAAUACAAGCUUUCUAUAAAACCAUCUCCUGAAAGUAUAAGAGUGAGAUUAUCACUAGAAGGACCCUUAUCGUAUGCAAUGAACGUAAAAUUAGUUUGGAGCCAGGGAAAAAGAGUUGCUAGCGUAGCAAACAAGGAUAUAGUUGUACAGUCCGGCGGUGAAUACCGUCCUGCAUUCUGUUAUUGCGAAAAGGAGGACGUACAAGCUGGCGACUAUACAAUUAUUGUAUCGACGUAUGAUGCUGGAUUAUGUGGGGACUUUAAAUUGACUGUUGCGAGCAAUUCAGAAUUUCAGAUCAGCGAAAUUCCUUCUGAAGGAGCUGGCAUGUUUAAGAAAGUAAUUAACGGUCAAUGGAUUGGAGGUGUAAGUGCUAUGGGACAUCAAGGGUAUCGUGAUUACUACAGAAACCCGUGUUACCUGCUGCAAAUCAAACAAUUGACUACUGUAAAAAUUCGACUUCAAGCGCGCAACAUUACACCAAUUCCCGCGAUGAAUAUAAAGUUAUUUGAAGCACGAUUACCGCAACACGAAGAUGUCGUGAGAAUAGGCAAAGAAGUCUGUAGUACUGGCGCAUACGUUGAAUUCGUUCAGGGUGUUUGUACGGACGAUGUAGUGCUACCCCCUAGAGAAGAAGGAUAUGUAAUUAUAUUUUCAACAUGGGAGCGCGGAGUUGCCGGAAAUUUUGUAGCAUAUGUUUAUAGUGAUGGGAUCAUCAGCAUAGAAGAGAUAUCACGAUAG